ACUCGUUAUAGCGGGUAUUUCAGAAAAGUUAUGUGAUCACUGCAGUUUUACGCCUUAACUAACUGUGAUUGUGCUACAUCUUUUGUAAAAAGAGCGCAUAUCAUAAAUUUAUACCCAGCUGGUCUUAUACGGAGUGUCAACGUACCGAAGACCACCUUAUCCCUUAACUUCCUACUGCAGUGAAAACUGGCUGGAAUUAACGUGGAAUACUUGCGUCUUCACAUACUCAGACAUAUUUGAUAAAUGCAUGUGUAUUAUUCAAAGCAGUUUUUCGACAAAAUCUAAUGUCGAUGAGCUUUACUAUGCGCCAGAAUCGACCACCUUGGACUUACGAAAGAAUGAGAACCGUUACUUCUCAGUAAAAAUUGACCAAAGGGUUCCGGGCGGCUUAUAGUACUCAACUACAAUAGUCAGCUUUUUGAUUAAUUGCCAUCCAGGUCUCAAUGAAAGUCACCGUUUGCUUCGGAACAAUCAAAGUUGUAGUUCCAUGUGGACAAGGUAAUAUGCUGAUUAGAGACUUGGCAAACAUGGCUGUGAUGAGGUAUCAAAAGUCGGUAGCACAGAAUCGUGCCCAUGAAGGAGUUGACCCGCUCACAAGCCGUAUCGUCACACCAAUACUUCCCCAGUCGGCAGAACCCCGUGGUUCCAAAGGCCCGAGUAGGUUACAGCUAAUUGAUGGAAGCAUGUGUGUGGUAAACGCGCUCACUCUGGCUCGAGAUGGUGGCAUACUGGACUGGGAUGAUCGAGUUAUCGACGUGCUGGACGACAGAGAGAUGCUGGUUGCACAUUACCAUAUCAAGCCAUCACCUUCGAAUACAAGUCUUUCCGAUCAUUCCAGUCCUUUGUCUUCCUCCACAUGUAAUAUGGCUGCUAUUACCCGGUGUAAUGGGGAAGAUAGGUCAUCGUCGCAGGAGAUUUCACCAAGUUGCAGUCUACCUCAACGAGCAACAAUGAACGAACCAACUCAGCUGUUAAACCGGAAUCACCCCCCGCCUCCUGCUGUCCCUUACUCUGAAGGCCAAGCGAAUUUGUUACUCACAUCUGCGCCAGGUUUCAGCGUUCCACCACCCCCACCACCUUUGAGGAUUUCGAAGAGAGUUCCUGCAGAAGGCCAAGAGGUUGCCGCAUCACUCCCUGCUAUGGCAACAUUUCGUGGCCUAAGCUCAUGCUUCCAAACGGAUCGUCCAGCACCCCCACCACCUUUACCGGUCCAAUCUUCAUCACCGAAUUCGAAGCCCCUUUUCUUAUCUCUGCCCUUAACCUUUGCUGACAAGAAAACGUCAUCUGAAGGAUGCUGUAGUGAGAAAAAUGAUCAUACUGGGCAGCAGCUUACUGAAGGGUCGCCCGCUGUGUCCUGUGUUUGCACGGAAGCUCCUGCAACGGUAAACAACACAACAUCGACAAGUGCUCCGUCAAUAUUAUCAUCCACGACUGCGACUAACACAAUGCACUCUGCCAUCCUCUUAGGUUGUCUGCCAAGCCUCCAGACGAACCAGAAUUGUGAUCAGGACAUCCUGGCUCAAACGAUUGUUACUGACAAAGAGGUGAAGCAUAGUCAGCUCUGUUUCGAAUGGCCGUUGGAUCCCAUUCCUGUCACUUGCUGUUCAGUAGCACCGGGGUUGUCGCCAUCACCACAAUUUGUUGGCACGAUAAACUCGCCUGUGCCACCUUACCCGCCGCUGAGGUUGAUGCAAAACUUGACCUCUUCAAGCUUGGACAGCUCCACUUUGUCAACAGUGCCGGAGGAGGACGAUCUGGGUGUGAGUAGUCCGAAUCGUGGUACUUCACCGUCAUUGCAACGAACGCCUGUUCAGACUGACACAACUAGGAAGACGAAUAGUCAAUCCAACACAUCGUCCACUUCUUCCACAACCCAGUCACAACCAGAGCCACAACGAACGCCCGUUUCUCGCCUUUGUGAACACUGCUCAGAAGCUAGGAAUUCACCAUCAAGCUCAGCCUCACAAAAUGCUAAUUUACACGCAGAACCCAGUUUGAACUAUCACAGUCUAACGAGGCCUAACCGCAAAAUAAAGCGGCGGCGUGUUCCUAGGGCCCCGGCACCACCGCCACCGAUGCCUGUAAUGCGAUGCGCAUCCCCAAUUCAGUCAUCUAGCUCCAGCAGUUCGGGUAGCCCGCCACAUGGAACAGAUAAUCCCACUGUCCGCCGCAGAACUGCCACUGCGGAUCAGACAAAUAGGAGCGACACGUGUGAACUCGGUGAAGACCAUUCCAGAUCCAGUGGCAUCACAGACUCACUGGUAGCUGCAACCGGAACGAACUUACCUCAACAGGGCUCAAGCAACGUUGACUGUUGCAACAGACUGUCCUGUGAACUGGAGACCCAAACACUUAGCUGCAGUUCAGAGGACACACAACCUCGAACCACGUCUGCCUCGCUAACGUUUGUCAGUAGCCCGUGCAACACAACCUACAGAUCGAUUGCGAACGUCCACUGCCCGCUAUCCACGCACUGGAGUUCCACCACAGACUGCAUUCCGGGUUACUCCCCAAAAGAGCUUGCAGACGCGGAAAAAUGCCUCCAGGCGCACCAUUCACAAUGUGGAAAGAAGGUGACCGAGUCCGAACGAAAGCUUUCCAUGGACGAAGAACGUGCAUUCUCCAUGCGACCACCUGCACCGCCUAAACGAUCUCCUCUCACGAUGCUCACAGGGAUGUCUUUUAUGAUGCCCUGCGAUCGCAUAUUUGGUUUAGAGGAUCGCAGCGGAAAAUCUAAUGGCGGUCGAUUUCGUCCAGGAUACAAAGGAACUGAGACAGAGUCCCUUGACUUUGCACAUUGGAAUAAGGAAGGCCGGACUCACAGCUGUGAAGAUGUGUCGCGGUCACAGUGUGAUUCAGUUCGAUCCAGUGACCACGACGAAGUGGCGCCUGAUCUCAGCUCAAUGGGUGAGGAAAAUGAAGAGACCCACAGGCUAGCUGCGGUUGCUGAAAAUGAAGUGCUUCACAUGACUGAGUUGCUGUCAGAACGGCGGGAGUCUGAGGCCAGACGUCACUUGAUGUUGGCCGAACUUGAGGCGGACAUAGAAAGAGAUCAUCGGUUGCAGGCAGCGGAAAACGCUUUGGCUUUGGCAGCUGUCAGUAGCUUGAGUCCCCGAAAAAGUGCAAUUCUAAAGCAACCUGAUCGAUUGCGUGCUUCGGUACGUUGUCCGAAGCAUGGACCUCACGGGGUUGAGAUUUCUACUACCUCUGGGUCGUCUAAGCGAUUUGAUAUGGAAGAAGAUUUGCUCAUUCCAGUGACAAAGACUCCAUCAGGCUUUGGAUUUAGCUUGACCACGAGGCCGCUACGACCUUAUAGUGGUGAUUCGUCAGCAUCCUCCUCCUCUAUCCCAUGCAGUUUACGAGAAUCCACCGCUGUGUGUGUGAAAAGUAUCCUACCGGGUGGCUCUGCCUUGAAAGGUGGACAGCUGUGUUUGGGUGAUCGUUUAAUACAAAUAGACGGUCAAGAUGUUACGGACAAAACUCAAACCCAAAUAGUCCAUUUACUAAGAGUGAAACCGGUGGGCAAUGUGGUUCAUUUACGAGUACGCCGGCUCCGCUUUCCCUCACUGGACUCCUUAUCGACACCCCGUCACUGGUCUUCUGGUACCUCCCAAUGUCCUGUCUGUGUUCCACGCAAACUGCCAGCAGGGAGUCCAGUCAAAACUUGUCCCGAUGGCUGUCCCUAUCGGUUAUACGCAGGUGAUACUAUUGGCUCACAAAAUCCCUACGAUCCACGCGUAGCUGGUUCCGCUUCCGCACAUAGGGUGCCCAAUCAAAUUUACCACACGUUGUCCACGGCAAAAGUUCGUUCGACGCCGUUUCCCGACAGUCGACCGCCCGAGAAACCUACCUACCGUUGUGCCUCUCCCACUCUACCACUCCGUGGAUCUAACUGGACUGAUGAAUUUCCUGAGCUGGUGAGAACAGCGGAGUACCCACCGUAUCCAGAUGUGUUUAUCCUGCAGUUGGACAUAUCACUGUCAACAAGCACUAUCAUCAAAGAAGAUAGACGCCUCCGGUUAGAAGGAAAACAGGCGGGAGAAGGGACAAGCAGUUCUACUUCAACAACUGGUAAGAUUUCGCGACGCAUGCGACUGGGAGUUAGCGUCCGAGAAACGUGCUCUUCCAGGGCAUCCAAGAUUGCUGAGAGGGGCUUCGAUGCAAAUUGGGACAAAAUCAACUCUAUGCAUAUUGGUCGAAUCGACGAAUACUGGUCCGUGGCGGAUUCCAUAUAUGGAGGCGUGUUAGUCAAAGGAGUCAUUGAAGGUGGCGCGGCCCAUAAGGACGGACGUCUACGGGUGGGUGAUGAGUUGCUGGAGGUAAAUGGUGUAUCACUUAUCAACAAAUCCAAUCCACUGGCUCUCUUGCGUUCAGUGCUCCGUCGGACCACAUCUCCGAACAAGAAGGACCCACCUGUCACUUCAGACAGUGAUAUUACAAGUGCGAGCUGUAACACCGAACUACCGAAAUCCUUGCCUGUUGUCAGACUGUUGGUGGCACGACAAAUGCGUCACCGCAGAUCAGCUUCUGGUCACACGCUGGCCUCAAACUCCGAGUUGUGGACCGAGGCUUCCUCCAUUAGCACUGUGAUGACCAGUGCAACAAAUCAGCCAUGUCAACCAAUGGGCCUGGCGAUGGACGCGGUGAGCGAUCACUCCGCACAGUUUGUCCGAGGAGAGGUGGCCAAUAGCCCACAUGAACGACCGCCAUCCAACCAUUCUGUACUAAUCGCCGCCGAAGUUCAUUCCCAGCUCCUGGCGGAUGUAGACGACGAACCUGAUAUGACAAGCUCCACUCGUAGCGGUAAAACGGAACCUAUUCAAGUUGAAGUCACUGCCCGGGGAAAUUCAAAAGCUCCACAACAUCUGGUCGUUACAGCUUCCGCGCCAGCACCCUUGCCAGGCAACGGUACUGUCUUAAAGACAUUGUUAAGCAAACCAUCAUGAUUGUGCACCCGUUUUCUACCUCUGCAUCAGUCUUUUAUGGACGCACUACUGACAAAUACCCCUUCCUCUAUGCCUGUCGGAGUGACUCCACGUUACCAAGAAAAACUACGAGUAUUUCAACAGAAGCUGCCUUUACAACGUCCAACUUCACAUUGUACCAAAGACGGUACUUACUCCAAGGCGUCACAUUCUACGAAGAGUCUACCAAACCUGCCGACCUGGUUCCUCCGAGUGGUUAUUGCUAGCUCCUAGAGUUUUGAUCUAUUCUAUUGUCCAGGUGGACUCAAAGUAGAUCACCUCGCUUUCUUCGCCAUUUUUAUAUUCAUCAUGAUGCACAUUAAUAUUUAGUACUGUGGUAAAAUUUCAAAUCAUUAUUUAGUUGUUAUUAACAACAUUCAGAGAUUAUUUCUUCUUUGCUCAUGACAUUUCUUACACAACUUGAUAAUUACGUCCAAAUGCUUCAGCUCAUCUUUGCAGACAGCCAGGUAUUUGUUCAUCAUAGGAGACCCUUUUGUAUAUUGUCACGAAUGAUUUCGGGCCUAAUGCUGUGAGAAUCCGCAACAUAGAUUUCCCUUCAGCCCUCCCUCCUCACUCACCCACAAUACGCCUCUUCCAUCAACAGCUAUUGAUCCGAAACCCCAACUGGAGUUUGAUGUCGGGGAUAUUUUUUCACUUCCCCCAAGUGUUUUCAUGUGAAAUUUCCCAGAUGACACUGAAUUGUAUCAAUUAUUCCCUCAUUCUUAUGUAUAUAGCAAUGUAUCCAGCAGCCAGUAACGCAAAGCAAAAAGUGUACCUAAGAACUUAAACAAUUCUUCUGACUUGUACGGCUGUUUCCCUAGUCGAGAUGGCCCGCAAACUUGGUUUGUUCAGCUGCCAACUGUGUCCACACCGCUUUUACAAGUACAAAUUACAGCUG